UUGAAACAUGAAGUACAUUUAUAAGGAAGCCAAGGAAAAACUGGACACUGUCGGUAGGAGAAAAUGUUUCUAAGGUAUGUAGCGUAAUUUCUUUUUUUGUAGAAAAGUGUUUUGGAGAAGUUAGGCCAUCGCAGAGAGAGGUGAUUUAUGGGCUGAGUGAGCUGUGACUUACAUCAAAAACGAGUCUCUCUGGGGAGAGAGAGGAGAAGACCACUGCCUCUAAAAUGAGUCUCUCUGGGGAGAGAGAGGAGGAGACCACUGCCUCUAAAAUGAGUCUCUCUGGGGAGACAGAGGGGGGGACCACUGCCUCUAAAAUGAGUCUCUCUGGGGAGACAGAGGAGGGGACCACUGCUUCUAAAACAAGUCUCUCUGGGGAGACAGAGGAGGAGACCACUGCCUCUAAAAUGACUCUCGACACCAGUUCAAAGAGUGUCCAGAAGCCCAGAGCAGAGUCACCUACAACCAGCCUGCUAUCAAUGAAGAGUGAUCAGCCACCUGCUUUCAGCCAGGAACCAUUGCCAGAUGACAAUAAGGAAGUGGAGAGUUUGGACAGUGAGGAUGUAUUAAAGAUCACACACAACCUUCUGGACAGAAGAAGUCAAACUCUGCUGACAGUCCAACAAGACAUCAAGGCUAAACUGAAACACAAGUAUCAACACAUAUCUGAAGGAAUUGGACACCAUGGAAACCAAAGUCUGUUCAAAGACAUCUACACAGAGCUCUACAUCACAGAGGGUGGAAGUGGAGGGCUCAAUAAUGAACAUGAGGUUAGACAGAUAGAGAUGGCAUCCAAGAAACGAACCACACAAGAGACACCAAUCAAAUGCAACGACAUCUUCAAGCCUUUACCUGGACAAGACAAACCUAUCAGAACUGUGCUGACCAAAGGAAUCGCUGGUGUUGGAAAAACAGUCUCUGUGCAGAAGGUCAUCCUUGACUGGGCUGAGGGGAAAGCAAUUCAGGACGUUAAUUUCAUGUUUCCUCUUCCUUUCCGUGAUCUGAACCUGAAAAAGGACCAAUACAGUCUGAUGCAACUUCUUUCCCACUACUUCUCAGAGCUGAAAGAGAUUGACAGCAUUGAAGAUGGUGAAACCAAAACUGUUUUCAUUUUUGAUGGUCUGGAUGAGUGUCGACUUCCUCUAGACUUCAAAAACAAUGAGAAGUGCUGUGAUGUCACGAAGCCAACCUCAGUGGACGUGCUGCUCACAAACCUCAUCAAGGGGAAUUUGCUUCCCUCUGCUGUACUCUGGAUAACUUCACGACCUGCAGCAGCCAAUCAGAUCCCUCCUGAGUGUGUUGACCAGGUGACUGAGGUACGAGGGUUCAAUGAUCCACAGAAGAAGGAGUACUUCAGAAAGAAAAUCACAGAUCAGAAUCUGGCCAAUGAAAUCAUCGAACACAUGAAGACAUCAAGGAGCCUCCACAUCAUGUGCCACAUGCCAGUCUUCUGUUGGAUAUCAGCCACUGUCCUUGAGAUGAUGCUGAAAGAGGCAGAGAAGGAUGAAGUCCCCAAAACUCUGACCCAGAUGUACUCACACUUCAUACUCAUCCAAAUCAUUGCGAAGAACAAGAAGUACAACAAAGCCACAGAGACAAACCCAAAGGAACUGUCUCAGUCAGACAAAGAGAUGAUCCUGAAACUGGCCAAGCUGGCUUUCCAACAGCUGCAGAAGGGCAACCUGAUCUUCUAUGAGGAGGACCUGAGAGAGUGUGGCAUUGACGUCACAGAGGCAUCAGAGUACUCAGCAUUGUGUACAGAGAUCUUUAAAGAAGAAUCGGCACUGUACCAAGAUAAGGUCUACAGCUUUGUGCAUCUGAGCAUUCAGGAGUUUCUAGCAGCAGUGCAUGCUUUAGAAUCAUGUCUGGGCAAGAAGGAAAAUGUUUUCUCCCCCACUAGUGAUGAUGAAGAGAAGGAGUCAAUCCAGUUGUCUGACUUACACAGGACAGCAGUGGACCAGGCCUUGAAGAGUGAGAAUGGACACCUGGACCUGUUCCUCCGCUUCCUUCUGGGUCUCUCACUGGAGUCCAAUCAGAAUCUGUUACGAGGCCUUCUGACACAGACAGGAAGUACAACACAGACCAAUGAGGAAGCAGUUAAGAGAACAGUCAGGUACCUUUCAUACAAGAUCAAGGAGGAAUCCUCACCAGAAAGGAUCAUCAACUUGUUCCACUGUCUGAAUGAACUUGGUGCCAACUCUCUUGUUGAAGACAUGCAGACCUCCCUGCAUUCAGGAACUCUUUCAGAAACAAGACUAAAACCUGACCAAUGUUCAGCCCUGGCCUACCUGUUACUGAUGUCAGAGGAGGUGCUGGAGGAGUUUGACCUGAAGACAUACAACACAUCAGAGGAACGUUAUCAGAGGUUGCUGUCAGUAGUGAAAACCUGCAAGAGAGCACUACUGGAUCACUGUAAACUCACAUAUAAAUCCUGUGAGACUCUGGCCUCAGCUCUGCAGACACCAAACUCUCCGCUGAGAGAACUGGACCUCAGCUACAAUGACCUGGGAGACAGAGGAGUGGAGCUGCUCUGUGUUGGACUAACCAGUCCACUCUGCAACAUACAGACACUAGUACUGGUAGACUGUAAAAUCACAUAUGAAUCCUGUGAGACUCUGGCCUCAGCUCUGCAGACACCAAACUGCCCCCUGAGAGAACUGGAACUCAGCUCCAAUAACCUGGGAGACAGAGGAGUGGAGCUGCUCUGUGUUGGACUAACCAGUCCCCUCUGCAACAUACAGACACUAGUUCUUGGUCAGUGUGGUCUGACAGAGGGUUGCUGUUCAGAUCUGGCCUCAGUCCUGAGUUCACCCAACUCACAACUGAACCAACUGGAGCUGGGAGACAAUGACCUGCAGGACUCAGGAGUUACACUGCUCUCUGCUGGACUGGAGGAUCCAGACUGUAAACUACACACACUGGGGCUGUCUGGCUGUCUGGUCACAGAGGAGGGAUGUGCUGCUCUGUCUUCAGCUCUGAUAUCAAACCCCUCCCACCUGAAAGAGCUGGACCUGAGCUACAAUCACCCAGGAGACUCUGCAGGGGGACUGCUUUCAGCUGCUCUGGUGGAUCCCACAUAUAAACUGAUGAAGCUGAAUGUGGAUCAUGGUGGAGAGUGCAGGCUGAAAUCAGGGCUGAGGAAAUAUGCCUGUUAUCUCACCCUGGACCCAAAUACAGCAAACCCAUAUCUGAUACUGUCUGAGGGGAACAGGAAGGUGACAUUGGUGGAAGAGAAGCAGCGUUAUGAAGACCAUCCAGACAGAUUGGAUCAUCCCCAAGUUCUCUGCAGAGAAGGCUUAUCUGGAGGUCGAUAUUACUGGGAGGUGGAGAGGGAUGGUGACGGGGCUUUCAUUGGUGUGGCGUACCAAGGAAUGAAGAGGAAGGGAGGGGAGAGUGACCGUAGGAUUGGACACAAUAAGGAGUCCUGGUGUUUAGUCUGCCAUGAUAGUGGUUAUAACUUUUACCAUAAUGGAGUCAUCAGAUACAGCCGACCAGAUACUUUUCCUGUUUCUAAGAGAGUUGGGGUGUAUCUGGACUGGCCAGCUGGUACGUUGUCCUUCUAUAGUGUGUCCUCCUCUGGUACAGUGACACACUUCUACACAGAACACACCACAUUCACUGAACCCCUCUAUCCUGGGUUUAUAAUGUACUCCUCCUCCUCAUUGACCCUGUGUCCGAUAGAUGACAAAAACAUUCAGAGAGACCAUGGUGGAGAGAGUUGUAUCAAGCCUGGACCUGAGAACACCAGAGACCAUGGUGGAGAGAGUUGGAUCAAGUCUGGACCUGAGAACACCAGAGACCAUGGUGGAGAGAGUUGGAUCAAGCCUGGACCUGAGAACACCAGAGACCAUGGUGGAGAGAGUUGGACCAAGUCUGGACCUGAGAACACCAGAGACCAUGGUGGAGAGAGUUGGAUCAAGUUUGGACCUGAGAAAUGGAUUCCUCAGAGCUGUAAGACUUGUGACCAUGUUGAGGACUCCACACACUGGCUUCAGAUUGAACCCUUGACUUCCACUGUCCAGGGAGUGACAAUGUUCAGGCACAGGACACCCAGAGGGAGUUAUGAGUGCACAGUGUCUGGGCUCCGCUGGCUGUGUGAGAGAGAUGUCAUUCUGAAGUAUCACUUCAGGAACUGGGAACCCUACAGUCAACUUCUGAAAGACAUGCAGUACACUCAAGGUGGUCCAUUGCUGGACAUCACUAUGGAGUUAGGUGAACUGGAGGAAGUUCAUCUGCCACACUUUGUCUGUUUAGGGACCAACCCUUCCCUGAGGAAUGAGAUGAAGAUUCUUCAUGUAGAGGAACAUGGAGUGUCUUUAGAGGAAGUGCAUGAGGUCACCAGAUUCCAUGCUAAGAUUCUCCAUCCCAAGUUCUCACCUAUCUCUGUUAUAUGGAAAUCACUGUCUCGUAAGAAAGAUGUCCACUGUGACGUGGUCCUCUACAUGGCAGUAAAAAGGUCAACAGUCAUUUCAAGGCUGUACCUGCUCCUCAGAAACUCCAGUCAGAAAGAGGCUGUUCAGGAACGGGAGAAAAACCAGGUGUCCAAAGGAUUUUCAGAAUUCGUCCUGUCAAGUCCAAACGGGUCCUUAAAGCUGAACAGUUGGUUUGCGUUCAAGAAUCCCCGCUCCACUUCCAUCAAUCCAGAGAAGAUUCAGCUGUUACCUGCAGACACCACACCAAGCUGUUGUCAGAUGAUAAUGGGAAACACAGGGGUGGACAUUGAGAUGGAGUUAAUCGGGGAUGAUGAGAGAACAGUAUGGAAAUCAGUGGUAUCAAAAGAUGUGUACAGCAACGACUCUCAUUCAACGACAUUAACACUCCUUGGGAUUCCUGCUGAGGAGUUUCUUCAGAAACACAGGGCUGAACUCAUUCAGGGAGUCAAAAACACAAAGCCAAUAGCAGAUGUUCUGCGGUCAAAGUACAUGAUUGGUGAUGAAGAGUACUCCAGAAUAAAAGCCGAAACAACUGAACAGGAGCGAAUGAGAGAACUACUGAACGCAGUCCUCCCUAAAGGACCAGAAGUGAUGGGAGCUUGUCUCAAAGCUCUCAGUGAACAUGAACACCAUCUUGUUAAGUUCUUGAGUGAAUCGAGCACCUAAUCUGAAGAUGCUGAGGCCUGUCUCCUAGUCUGUGGACAAAGACACUUCUCCACCUAAUCUGAAGAUACUGAGGCCUGUCUCCUAGUCUGUGGACAAAGACACUUCUCCACCUAAUCUGAAGAUGCUGAGGCCUGUCUCCUAGUCUGUGGACAAAGACACUUCUCCACCUA